UCUCCAAUGGCGGCUUCCUUUUUCUUUUUGCUUCUUUUACCACUCUCUUUCUUCUUCACUGAUUCCUCCUUGGCUGAAGUUCAAGAUCCUCAUCUUGUCGUUCAAGAAGUUCAAAGGAGCAUCAAUGAAUCAAGAACAAGAAGAAACUUGGGAUAUUUGUCAUGUAGAACAGGAAACCCAAUAGACGACUGCUGGAGAUGCGACCCCAAUUGGGAAACCAACCGAAAGCGCUUAGCCGACUGCGCCAUUGGGUUCGGCAAAAACGCCAUCGGCGGCAGAAACGGCCGCUUCUACGUCGUCACAGACGCCGGCGACGACGACCCUCUCAACCCCAGACCAGGAACCCUCCGCCACGCCGUCAUCCAAAACGAGCCCUUAUGGAUCAUCUUCAAGCGUGACAUGGUAAUCCAACUCAGACAAGAACUGGUGAUGAACUCGUUCAAGACCAUCGACGGGCGUGGGGCCAGCGUGCAUGUGGCAGGUGGGCCAUGCAUCACCAUCCACUACGCCACAAACAUCAUAAUCCACGGCAUCCACAUACAUGACUGUAAGAGAGGGGGGAAUGGUAACAUACGGGACUCCCCACAGCACUCCGGGUGGUGGACUAUAUCGGACGGUGAUGGAGUGUCGAUCUUUGGUGGGAAGCAUAUUUGGGUUGACCAUUGUUCCUUGUCUAAUUGUAACGAUGGGUUGAUCGACGCGAUUCAUGGUUCGACGGCGAUCACGAUUUCGAAUAAUUACAUGACUCAUCAUGAUAAAGUGAUGCUGUUGGGACAUAGUGACUCUUACACUCAAGACAAGAAUAUGCAAGUUACUAUUGCCUUCAACCAUUUUGGUGAGGGCCUUGUUCAACGAAUGCCGAGAUGCAGGCAUGGGUAUUUCCAUGUGGUGAACAACGAUUACACCCACUGGGAAAUGUACGCAAUUGGAGGGAGUGCUUCACCGACAAUAUACAGUCAAGGCAACAGAUUUUUGGCGCCGGACGUCCGAUACCGAAAGGAGGUGACAAAGCACGAGGACGCACCGGAGAGUGAGUGGCGUCACUGGAACUGGCGGUCAGAGGGCGACAUGAUGUUGAACGGCGCCUAUUUUCGCCAGUCCGGCGCCGGCGCUGCGUCCAGCUACGCAAGAGCUUACAGUCUGAGCGCUAGACCCUCCUCCCUCGUUGGUUCUAUCACGGUCACAGCCGGCGCCCUCAACUGCCGCAGAGGCUCCCGUUGCUAGUUAGUAUUAACAGGAAAGGUCAUAUAACUGCAAGUACCGAAAAUGAAGGAAGAAAGGGCCUUUGUUUAUGAAGAGCAGUUGAAUUAUUAUUAGUUUAUGAAGAUCUGAAUUUUUGUGUUGGUUUAAUUUCCAUCCAACUUUUUGGUUUGCCAAAGCAGAGUAUUUGGUUAAACUCGGAUGUUUGUGAUUGUGAAAGGUAAUGGGAAAAGUAUGAGGAAUUAUGUUUUUGAGUCA